AAAAAUAGCAUGGGAAAGACGGACGGACUGUCUAAAUGACCCGGCGCAUGCUUGCUCUUUGCUGCUAACCGUGCGUUGUAUCAACAAGCUCCUGGUCUCUACGUCUUACAACGUUAACAAUGUACGAUCGCUGCAUUCGAUUGCCUCUCAGGUAGAUAUUGAACGCAGCUCUCAGGUUACACUAAGCAGAACAGUAAGUGGUCAGGGUCAGCGGCCAUGGUGCGCAACGUGGACGACCUGGACUUUUGCCUGUCCUCGCACCCCCAGAGCAUCCUGGACGGCCUGCGCUCCCUGCGCUCGCACCCCAAGCUCGUCGACGUGACGCUGUGCGCGGGCGGGCGGGAGUUUCCCUGCCACCGCGGCGUGCUGGCCCUCUGCAGCCGCUACUUCCACACCAUGUUCUCGGGGGACUUCGUCGAGAGCAUCGCCGCGCGGGUGGAGCUCCGCGAAGUGGACCCCGACAUCCUGGCCGCCCUGCUGGACUUUGCCUACACGGGGAAGCUGACAAUCAACCAGGGAAACGUGGAGGGCCUGAUCAGCACCUCCAGCCUGCUCCAGUUCCAGGAGGUGCGAGCCGUCUGCAGCCGCUACCUGCAGCACCAGAUCGACGCCACGAACUGCCUGGGCAUCCUGGAGUUCGGGGAGGUACACGGGUGCCCCGAGGUGGUGGCCAAGGCCCGGGCCUUCCUCCUGGAGAACUUUGACUUGGUGCUGCAGGGGGAGGAGUUCCUGCUGCUGGAGAAAGAGCGGCUGGUGGCCUGCCUCUCGGACGAGCGGCUGCAGACGCGGGAUGAGCGCACGCGCGUGGAGGCGGCCCUCUCCUGGGUGAGGCACCAGGAGGCCUCCCGCCUCCCCCACCUGUCGGACCUCCUGGGCCUGGCGCGGCUCUCUCUCCUGCCCCAGGAGUACCUGGCUGAGAGCCUGCUGAAGGACAGUCUGGUCCAGGGGUCUCAGAGCUGCCUGGAAGCUGUGCAGAGGGUCCACAGAGAGAAAACGGACUUGGAGCCUGGAGCUUUAGUGAAUGGAAACCCCUGCAGUCCACAGCCUAACCUUCAAGAAGUUCUGUUUGUGGUGGGAGGACGCUCAUUGGAUGACUCUGAUGAUGACGAUGAGGAUGAUGACGAGGAAGAAGAGAUGAAUUCAAGGUCACUUCCCAGCAAUGCAGCCUUCUACAACACGAGGAACAGACAGUGGCAUCGGCUGCCUGAUUUCCCAGUGUACAACAAGUGGGGUUUUUCAGUGGUUUCCUUGAACAAUGAUGUGUAUGUCACAGGAGGCUCACGAGGUUCUCGUACCAACACCUGGUCCACCACAGAGACCUGGAAGUACAUCACACGAGAAGGGAAGUGGGUGACGGUAGCUUCGAUGCUGAAGCCCAGGACAAACCACACCUCAGCAACACUGAACGGAGAGAUUUACGUCAUUGGGGGCACCACAAUGGAUUUUGUGGAGGUGGAACACUACGACCCCUACAAUGACAGCUGGGCUCUCACCGUCCCCGCUCUGAAAUAUGUGACUAAUUUUACAGCCACCGCCUGCCUGGGAAAGCUGUAUGUGAUUGGCUCUUGUGCCGUCAAGUACAAUGCCCUUACCCUGCAGUGUUACAAUCCCGUCAUAGAUGGCUGGAGCAUUAUUUGUUCUCCCUUCAUCCCCAAAUAUCUGUCCUCUCCUCGCUCUGUCUCUGUUGAUGGAAUCAUCUACCUUCUAGCUGACAACACUAAGAAGGUCUACUCUUAUGACACUGAAGCUAAUAUGUGGCAGAAGGUCCAGUUCCUUCACACUCUCCAUGAGAAUGGGGGCUUUGUGUUGCUGGGGGGACAGCUAUAUGUGACAGGGGGGCACUGGAAAGGCAUGGAGGGGGAUUACGGAGUGGAGGUGGAGAUGUACAACUGCACCGCCAACACCUGGACAGUUGAAUGCUCCCUUCCCAGGCUGUGGUUCUACACUGGCUCCUGCUCCAUCUUUCUGGACCCUUCUCAAUGGCCAGAGCCUUUCCCAUUGGACGAGACAUAAGGAUUGUCACUGGAUGGAGCCACAGCGUCAUGUAUCUCAUGCAUGUUUUUCAAAUGCAAAAAUCGUCUCCAAGAUGCAUCUUAUGUAUAGAACUGAUAUUAUCUUUUUGAUACGAGAACACAGUUGUAACAUGAUCUGUAAAAAUUCUCAAUCCUGUGGUAUGUUUCAAGUGUUUGUUGUUAUAUCUCAAAUGAUAUAUGUAUAUUUAGACAUUUAGAUGAGUUUUCAGGAAAAUAUGUGUUUUUGAAUUUGAAUUGUUUAUAGGUUAUCAAUUUUAGAUGAAGGUUAUCACAAUAUUCACAUUUUGAAUGCUUGUAAUCUUUUUUUUUUUCAUUUUUGCGUGUCUUAGUAAAAUUAAUAAAAAAUUAGCUUUUUAGAAAACUA